AUGGAGAACCAAACUUUAAGUAUGGACAUUCUAGUUCUGGAGGGGUUAAAGGUCAGCCCCCAGUCCUCUGUUCCUGCCUUCGUCCUCCUCCUCCUCAUCUACGUCUUCAUCAUGGUGUCCAACGUCGGCCUGGUGGUGCUGAUCUCCACGGAGAGGAGCCUCCACCAGCCCAUGUACCUGCUCUUCUGCAACAUGAGUAUAAACGAUGCGUUCGGCUCGACGGUCAUCCUCCCUGGCGUGUUAAGUGAUAUGUUCACUCCGACCUCGGAGCGCUUCAUCCACUAUCACGACUGCGUCCUUCAGGCCUUCUUAGGUCACUUUCACGCCGGCGCCUCCCACACGGUGCUCAUGAUCAUGGCCUUCGACCGCUACGUGGCCAUCUGCAGCCCCCUGAGAUACGCCGCCGUCAUGACCGGCAGGACGGUGGCGACGCUGUCGGCGGCGGCGUGGGCGUCGGUCUUCUUCCUGGUGUUGAUCCUCGUGGGCCUCAGCGUCCGCCUGUCGCGCUGCAGGCGGGUUGUUCUCAACCCGUUCUGCGACAACGCCUCCUUGUUCAAGCUGUCCUGUGAAAGCGUCCUCGCCAACCACAUCUACGGCCUCGGCUACACGGCGGUGCUGCUGGGCUCCUCCCUCGGCAGCGUGGCGCUCACGUACCUGAAGAUCGCCAUCGUGUGUCUGAGCACCAAGAACAAGUCUUCCCACAGCAAAGCGCUGCAGACCUGCGCCUCCCACCUCGCCGUGUACAUCGUCCUGCUGGUGUCCGGGUUCAUUAUCGUGGUCCUGCACCGCUUCCCUCACUUGUCGGACCACAGGAAGCUGGCGUCCAUCUUGUUGCAUGUGAUUCCUCCUUCCGUGAACGCUGUUAUCUACGGACUGCAGAUUAAAGCAGUCAGGCAAAAGAUUAUGAUCAUAUUUAAGAAGAAUAAACCGAUAGUGUCAGUGGCCUUCUUCGGUCCCUUUUCCCACACGGUGCUCAUGAUCGUGGCCUUCGACCCCUACGUGGCCACCUGCAGCCCCCUGAGAUACGCCGCCUGA